CUUGAACUUUGAAUAUAUUUAAUGUUUGCAGUGAUAACAUAUUAACCGUCUCUAUAAAAACUGGACAGAGGAUGCAACGUGCUGUAUCACCCAUCAGAAUUGUCAGACCGAUCAACUUAGCAGUGCUCAGUUGAUGCUGAUGAUCUGAAGAUGUUGCCACGAAAGAAGACGUCCUGGGUGUGUGUUGCCCUGUGGACUCUUGCUCUGGUGCUGAUUUCCCCGAGAGUGGAAAGUGUGAAGGACAUUGAAGAUGUACCUGAAGGAUUUCAGCACUUAGAAAACUACCGAGUCGUCUUCUCUGGUACAGAAGAGAGAAAUGAGGAUCUCAGAGCUUGGAACCAAUUAUUACGAACAUGGAAAGAAACGUCUAAUAGCAGAGAUUCUAAGGAGAAAAAUCAGGUGGUGUCCAAAACUAUGAAUGGAUAUGACAAGGAAGUGGCAAAAGAAAUAUCAGAGACAGGAAUAGACCAACAAAUAAUUGUCCGAAUUGGGUCUGAUGAAACUGUACAAAAUGCUGGAGACUACUUGUUCAACAAGAAGACAAAUACAAAUCGUCCUAAAGUCUUACUGGAGUUUGUUGUAAAAUCAGGACAAUUCAAACUGGUAAAACUGGAAGGAACUGACACAGUACAUAUAACUGAAAAUACCAAAAUCUCUGUGGUUGGACAUGGAGGUCAGAGAGAGGGUCGAGUGUCUGUGGGUGGGGAAACAUCAGAACAAUUGGCAAAAGUUAUCCUAAAGCUUCGAGAACCCUCAUCCCCAGUUCACUGGCCAUCUGGUUUACACAAAGUAGAAGAAAUCAGCAUAGUCUCUUGUGAUGUUGGUGCAGGAGAAGAAGGUAAAACCUUUGCCAAAGACUUUUUAUUAGGCCUGGAUAAUGCAAGAUUAUCUGUGGGUUCACUCUCUGUUCGCACAACAAAGACCAUAGUGCAGGAAGAUGGGAGCAAAGUGACUGUUGAUUUUGAUGAUCCAGAGCAUUGGGGCAAACAUAUCCCCGAUCACAAGCGUAAAUUCUAUUUAGGUAAGAAUAAGGAUCUCAUAGAAGUGAGCAACACAAAGGAAAGAAGUCCAGAAUGGAUAGAAAGUCAGAGCAUAGUCAAUGAACUUGAUCCUCUAGCUCCUAGGACUAUGGACAACAACCCACUAUACUACUAUGACAAUGGGGUUCUCUACCAUAUUGAAGAUGAACAUAUUGGUCAAGGAAUCGAUGAGACUGUUAGAGGAUUGUUUAACACAGAAGGUCAACGUGUCGACACUCAGUCUUUAGAUGUAUAUUAUAAAAGAAAUAUUGAUUCAGAUAUAGUGCAUGAAACAAACAUCCAGGUCCAAGUUGUAGAUGGACUAGAGAGUCUAAAAAAUAAUAUCCAAGACAUCAUAGACAGUUCUAAUGACAUAAGAAGGCAAAAGCUGAUAGAUAAAGCUAAUGUACUGAGAAGGAAUGGAAUUACAGCUGACAAUAAUAUGAAUCUGAAAGAAACAUGGAAAGUUCUCUCAAAUCUAAGGAAUAACAGACAAAUUAGACUAAUUUAUAAUGACAUUCAAAACACUUUGGAAAACACAUUUAAAUACUAUCGCUUUAAGGACUACAUCUACCGCAUCAACCUAAAAGACUUUUAUGUUACCUUAUAUGGAACAACUGAUGAAAAUCUGUUAGAAGACUCGGAUAAAUCUGUUGAGUUUUGUGACCUUAGAAAUAAAGAUCAUGUAGCAUAUCCUGACAUGAAAGAUAUGAUAAAUACUAGAUCAUUUACAAGCAUGGCACAAAAAUGGGUAAUGAACAACCACAACAAUAUAGGUGAAAUAAAUGGAUAUGACGGGAUAGCUGUCCUCGCCACUCAUAUUUCUGAGGCUGUUCGGAAUCCCAAAAUGUUUAUGAUAAAUCGCCUCCUGUGGGAUGUGGAAGCAUCGUGGGGACAGUUUCGUUACAGAAACCCCAUGACAAGAGGAGAUACGUGGAAAGGAAACCAUGCAGCUAUAGGCCUGAGUUAUGAGACCGCUGAUCAUGACAUGAAUGAACAAGUUGCACGGGAAACUACAAUUGCUAUGAAGCUUUGGCUAACCAGAAAAUACAGAGAAAUGUAUUAUGACUACAAACCUGAACGUCUACCAGAACCAAUAGAAAUUUCAUCAGAUGAGGCCAAAGUAAACAUUAGACGUGAAUGUGAAAGGCUUCCUCUAUAUGAUCCAAUAAUUGAUGUGAACUGCAGAAAGCGUCCAGGGCAAUUAUCUGAAGAUCUUCCAAGUUAUUUUCACGACCUGGAAGAGCGAGCAAGAGGAAAGAGCUUAGAGACAGAAUUACAUUUAAAAAUUAUGGAGGACAAACAGCAACUGGUGGAGACGUUGUCCAAUAAAAUAAAGGAACAAGUCUCUGAAGACUUUGCUAAGAAUUGGAGAGUUAAGUCAAUAGAGAAUUAUGAAAGUGGCACUAAAGCAGUAGUAGAAGAUAUAAAAAAUCCUUCAGUGACAUUAGAUCUUUUUCUCCCUGGUGAAAUCAGAUCAUUAAGGUCAGAAGAAGUCUUACAUUCCUAUUUCAAUGAUAUUUCCGGUUACAAUAAAGUCAAUCAUGGACUUGCAAUCUAUGGGACCCUAAUGGGAUUUCAAGGAGCCAAUCAGAUGUUUGCUGAAGGACGAAAGUGGGAAGGAGGAGUGAUGCUGGCCCAGGGCGUUCAUGGAGUAACAGAGAUGACUGGUAUAAAUUCAGCAGUUAAUAAAAUUGCUGGAAAUAUUGCACAGAAAUCCAUCUCCCAGAUAUCUACCGGGCUUGAGGAAGCUUCAGCAGUAAAGUUCACAAGCGCUCUGGCUGAAGCUGGUGAAUUAGCUAAAGCAGUCCCAAUUCUAUCAUUAGGAUUCACUGUGUUUAAUAUAUAUGAGGAUCUCCACCAGGGCACUACAACUGGGAUAGUAGAUGCUGCUCUUGAUGGUGCAAUAUUUAUAACCGCUCUGGCCGGUCCUGAAAUGCUUCCAGUCACUGUGGUCUUGAGUAUUGUCCGUCUAGCUAUUGACCCAAUGUACAAUGAAAUAAAACAUGAAUUGGACGCUUUACCCCCUGAUGCCAGUGUAGGCGACAAGUUUGUGGCUGUGGUCAAGGGAAUUGGAUUAGCCCUAAGAGACAUAGGGAAUAGCUUUGUACAAAUAUGGGAACAAAUAAGUAUACCAGGUGUAAUUUAUAAUGUGUAUAACCUUGAACAAGAGCACAAAAGGUCCAUGGACAUCAUACACAACUUGCAAACAGCUGAGAACUACUACAAAAUCUUAGAUGAAAGCGAUGGAGACGUGUGUCACAAAAGGAUAGACUUCACUCAAGGGGAGAAAUCUGCCUAUGGAGGAAAGUUACACGUUGAGUUAACAGACCACAGUUCAGUGAUCAUUACAUUAACCGAUCCUCUUACGUCCAACAGAAUUGUGAAGGAGAUUCCCUUUGAAAAGGACUGUGAGUUGGUGGAUCUAGUUAUGGGGAUUGGAGAAGGUGUGAAUAUUAAACUGACACAGAAAACGGCCACCUUGCUAUGGUUCAUUCCCGUGAAAACAAAAGAUGUUAUUUCUUCUUGA